ACGGAAAGUCAGUUUAAAAUCGAUUGGAAAUUUCCGCGAUUUGCGCGGGAUGACCAAGUUAAAUAAAAGCUUAUAAAAAAUCGAGAGUCGACGGGGGAAAGUCGACUUCAAUCGACUUCCAUAACCUGAAACCCAUUAAAAGUCGACUUUUAGGAGUAAAAAGUCGAUUUUGGUCGAAAGUCGCACUGGUUGCCUUCUCUAAUGUAUUCCCCUUGCUGAAUUAGAGCAAACUUUGAAAUGGCAGAGGAAAUUGACGAAAGUGGCUUCUAUCGCCAGGAUUUCAGCGCAGCCUCGGAUUGGGAGAUAUUCAUUGCACGACUUGGUGAAAUUUUUCAUAAACUUACCGACAAAAAUUCUGAUGAUUGUGUGAACAAUGUGUUUCGUUGUGAUUGGGAAGUGCAGACGGAGACGCUUAUUUUUCUUAAAGAGAAAAUAUCGAUUAGUUAUUAUACUACCAGCAAAGAAGAGGCAAAGAAGAAUUUUGCAAGAAACGGAACAAAUAGUUCAAUAUAUAAUGACCUAAUGGCAGCUGAAAGCACAUUCGGACCAUCGCUAAUAUCCAAAAAUUCCAAAAGUGCGCAUGCGAUCUCUUUCCUGUAUGGGUUGCAUAGUUUUGUGUUGAUCCAUCUACAUCAAUCACACAAGCAAUUGUUAUCAAAUCCAUUCAGCUUUUUCUUAAGUGCCGCAGCGAUCGUGUCGGCAGAAUAUUGUCCAAUGAUCCCUAUCUUUGUGCAAAUCCACGAUACAAAAUUAAGUAUAUUUCUCGGAAUAGGAAUGCACUUAACGCAACGUACUAAUUUUGAUGUAGUGUCUUAAACAGUCACCGAUUGAAUGUCGAUACCUAUCUGGUUUGCUGUCGUUCCAGCGAAUUGUGUGUAUCCGAUCACUGUAUGCGUGCGAAACACUUACGCUCUAAAACCAGUACGUAAACAAAUUUCAAUGAGCUUACCAUUAUAUGAAUCUUCCUGUGAAAAUAAUGAAUUUUUAAAUAUCAAGAAAUUUAUUGCACUUCCAUGCGGAUAUUUCCCCGAUGCGUGUACUCAAGUAUACCUUGGUUACGAUUGGUUGGAGGUUCCUGAAAGCGGUGCUAUAGAUUCACCGCUGCAUUCUGACUUUGUUCCGUCGAAGUCGCACAACUGUAUACAUUCUGAUAAAGGUACCUUAGAAACCUACAUAGGACAGAGUUUAACGGAAUAUCCAAGCGGUUCAGAAAAGUCACUGCCACACAUAACAGAUCCACAUCUUCGACGUUUUCGUUUAAGCCAUCUGCCUGAAGAUUCAAAUUUUCUAAAGGGUUCUAAUAAUAUAGCUGGCCCGCUUAAUGAAAAUGACUUAAGACAUUUCUUGGCGUACUUAUUUCCCGAUUUAUAUCCUGAUGUUGCUAAAUAUAGCUUUUCGAAUGAUCCAAAGGAGAUGAAAGAAUAUGACAUGCAUCGAAUAAAAUCAGCAAUGAUGGAUUCUUUGUAUUGGCGCCUUAGUUGCCUACUAGCUACCUGCAACGCACAUUAUGGAGGUAAAAGCGGACUUGCCCAGCUAUGGGCAGCAUUCACCAGGGAACUUCGAUUUAUAUGGGAUACCAGAUUAUCUAUACAAGGGUGAGUAGGUGUAAACUAUAUAUAACCGAUGCCUGCAAAACACCUACCUUAAAUUAAAAAGUUUAACAAAAGAGGGGAAAAACGUUUUUUUUUAAGGCAUUGCCUUGGCGUUAUUUUCUCUUGCUAUUAUUUUACAAAUCUGUGGUUUUAGUCACAUAACGGUGAUUUAGGCCGAGGCCACGCAAAGAGCGGCAAAGCUAAAGAAGCGGCUUAAUUAAAACAUUCUAUUGAAGUGGCCAUGCUCUGAGCGGCUGAGCGAGAUUUUUGUAUGGCGCCGUUCAGCCGCUCAGCCGCUUGCCGCUUUGCCGCUCAUUACGUGGCCUCGAACUUGGGCGGUUUUGCAACUGGUCUAUGGGCGGUUUUGCGAAGGUAUCGUAAAUGAAGAAAAAAAGAGUCGAUCAGCGAUAGAAAAUGAGUUCGCGACUUGCCAUUAUUGACCCCUUCGGAAGCAGCCGGCACCUUAAGCACAAUUGAUUGAUUUCGGCACUGUUUUACGUAACUCAUUAAAAUAAUAUACAGUAUAGGACAUAUCUAUAGCACCCCCUUCUCAAAUUGAUAUUGUUUGGCACUUAAACAUGUUUAAUUAUUAAUUAUUAAUUUUUAAGAAUUUUCAUUUAAACUACAGUUCAUUCUCUAACAAAACUGAUUCAA